GCACCAGCUGCGGGGCAAGAUGGAGGCACUGAUUUUGUACUAUGACGACACCUACCCCAGUGUCAAGGAGCAAAAGGCCUUUGAGAAGAACAUUUUCAACAAGACUCAUCGGACUGACAGUGAAAUUGCCCUCUUGGAAGGCCUAACAGUGGUAUACAAAAGCAGUAUUGACCUCUAUUUCUAUGUGAUUGGCAGCUCCUAUGAAAAUGAGCUAAUGCUCAUGGCCGUUCUGAACUGCCUCUUCGACUCAUUGAGCCAGAUGCUGAGGAAAAACGUAGAAAAACGAGCAUUGCUGGAGAACAUGGAGGGGCUCUUCCUGGCUGUGGAUGAAAUAGUGGACGGAGGGGUGAUCCUAGAGAGUGAUCCUCAGCAAGUGGUACACCGGGUGGCAUUAAGGGGUGAAGAUGUCCCCCUUACGGAGCAGACAGUGUCUCAGGUGCUGCAGUCGGCCAAAGAACAGAUCAAGUGGUCCCUGCUUCGGUGAAGACCCCACUGUUCUGGCUCCUCCCUCCCUUCAAACAUCGCAUGUCUACUGUGACUUCUUACCUAGUCCCCUAAUUGAUACGCUCAGGGUCAUCUUGGGGAUCACAGGGAUCCUUAAAUUUCCAUCCUAUCUGUGGUUGGACCCCCCCAUUACACACACAUUUCCUGUUUUGUCUCACUAUUCUUGCCGUUCUUAGAGUAAAGCUCCCACCAGAUUUAGACCCAGGACAGGGUAUACCCUCGUCCUUUCUAGACUGGAUUGUGCUCCCAUGCUGCCCUAUCCCCCAUAUUUCCUCCUAAAUUUCUGUGCUCUUUGCUGCAACUACACUUCAGAUCAAAGCAGAAGAAAGAAUGUGCUGAGUGUUUUCCUCCCUUUG